CAUUCAAAGCCUAUGGCCCACUCCAAGAUGGGUGAACUUGCAGUGCUUGAGAUUUAGUUCUUCUAAAAGUCCAGCUAAAGCGUAAACUUCCUAGGCAAGGCUCUGGAGACGCUCCUGGGCUUGGGAUCUGCGAAGAUACCUCGCCUUACGGGCCUCGCUAGCUUUUGCCAUCUUCCAGUUAGAAGGUGACAUUCCUGCAUAAGCCUGUUCCUAUUAAAAUGUCCUUGCCGCUUACAGAGGAGCAGAAGAAAAAGAUCGAAGAGAAUCGACAAAAGGCUCUGGCCCGUCGCUCUGAGAAGUUAUCAGCAGAACAGCCACAGAGCACAGCUUCUGGCUCCUUUGUUACUGGCCCUUCCCAAUCCAAGCAGGACCCUUUCCGGAAUCUCCCAGUAGAACCUUCAAAACCAGUGGGCCAAGCUGCUCUUUUCAAGCAACAGAAUCUCAAUAAUUCAUUUCCUGAUGACCAGAGACCUCACAGUUCCCACCAUUUUCAAGCCAGCACAUCAGAGCAGGCAAAGGGGAUAUGGAAGAUUCAAGGAGAGAGGUCCACAGUCUACCCAAAGCCUAACCCAGCUCCUCCAGAUGUCUCUAACCAACAGCUUUUUGGUUAUAAGUCAGGUCAGGGCCUUCCCCAGUCAACCCAGGAGCCUCUGACUAAAGCACAGAGUUCCCAGAACACAGCAGCUUCUUCCUGUGGACUAUUUCCCAGGGAUCCCGACUUACAGGCCGAGACAGCGAGGCCCUCCACCUCUGGGCAAAACAUUUCGAACACCUUUUAUGCCUUAGGUGGAAAAACACCUAGGACAGAAGAGAGACCCUCAAAUAAACUGCAGACUUCAUCCCAAAAAGUAAGCUGUCAGCAGGGAACAUGCAUAAGGACUGGAGACCGGUUUCGGGUAAAGAUCGGCUACAACCAAGAGCUCAUUGCUGUGUUUAAGUCUCUGCCCAGCAGACACUAUGAUUCUUUUACAAAGACUUGGGACUUCAGCAUGACUGACUACAGAUCCUUGAUGAAAGCAGCUGAGCAGCUCUCCACGGUCUCCCUGCAGCCACUGGAAGGAGUUGAUGGCAGUGUCAGGGAACAGAGUGGCCUCCCUUCAGCUCCAUCCCUUACCUUUGUCACAGGGAGAUGUGUGCUCAUCUCCCGGGCCCGCUUCGAGGUUGACAUCGGCUAUUCGGAGGCGGUGAUUGCGCUGUUUAAACAGAUGGAUUCCAGGAUUUACGACAUCAGGACCAGGAAAUGGAACUUUCUCUUGGAAGAGCACAACAAACUAGUUACCAGGUCACGUGACCUCCAGCAAAUUCAGCUGGAGCCUCUACCCAAGACAGUGACCCUGGCAUUUGCAUCUCAGCUGGAGAAGACAUCUCUCGAUCUGAAAGCAGCCGUGCCAGAAGCUGACCUUUCUGGAGUGGAUGCCAAGCUCGUGUCUAACCUCAUGCCGUUUCAGAGAGAAGGAGUUAGCUUUGCCAUAUCGAAAAGGGGCCGCCUGCUACUUGCCGAUGAUAUGGGCCUGGGGAAGACCAUCCAAGCUAUCUGCAUAGCAGCCUUUUACCGGAAGGAAUGGCCACUCCUGGUGGUUGUGCCUUCUUCUGUGCGUUUCACCUGGGAACAGGCCUUUCUUCGCUGGCUGCCCUCUCUGAGCCCUGAGAAUAUCAACGUGGUGGUGUCUGGAAAGGGCUGCCUAACAGCUGGCUUGGUCAACAUUGUCAGUUUUGACCUUCUUACCAAGUUGGAGAGGGACCUAAAAACCUCCUUUAAAGUCGUCCUUAUUGACGAAUCUCACUUCCUCAAAAACAUUAAGGCUGCCCGAUGCCGAGCUGCUCUGCCUAUCCUAAAGAUUGCCAAGAGGGUGAUUCUCCUGUCAGGCACGCCAGCCAUGUCCCGGCCUGCAGAGCUCUACACACAGAUCAUCGCUGUCAAGCCAACGUUCUUCCCUCAGUUUCAUGCCUUUGGUCGUCGCUACUGUGAUGCCAAGCGGUUGUCUUGGGGCUGGGACUACUCGGGCUCCUCCAACCUGGGCGAGCUGAAACUGCUGCUGGAGGAGGCAGUCAUGCUGAGGCGGCUCAAAUCUGACGUCCUUUCCCAGCUUCCGGCCAAGCAACGCAAGAUGGUGGUGGUUAACCCUGGUCGGAUCAGCAAGAGGGCCAAGGCAGCCCUGGAUGCAGCAGCCAAAGAGAUGACCACGGACAAGACAAAACAGCAGCAGAAAGAAGCUCUCAUCGUCUUCUUCAACAGAACGGCAGAAGCUAAAAUCCCUUGUGUCAUCGAAUAUAUCCUGGACCUUUUGGAUAGUGGACGAGAGAAGUUUCUAGUGUUUGCACACCAUAAGGUGAUUCUGGAUGCCAUUGCUAAGGAACUUGGGAGGAAGCAAGUACAGCUCAUCCGAAUUGAUGGCUCCACCCCCUCGGCAGAACGGGAGGAUCUGUGCCAGAAGUUCCAGCUGUCCAAAGAGCGCACCGUGGCGGUGCUGUCCAUCACCGCCGCCAACAUGGGCCUCACCUUCUCCUCAGCUGACCUGGUGGUGUUUGCUGAGCUGUUUUGGAACCCAGGGGUGCUGAUCCAGGCCGAGGACCGCGUGCACCGCAUUGGACAGGCGAACUCUGUGGGCAUUCACUACCUUGUGGCAAAAGGCACAGCAGAUGACUACCUUUGGCCUAUGAUUCAAGAGAAGAUUAAAGUUCUGGGGGAAGCCGGGCUUUCUGAGACCAAUUUCUCGGAAAUUACAGAAGCUACCGAUUAUCUCUACCAGGACCCAAAGCAGAAGACCAUCUAUGACCUAUUCCAGCAGUCUUUUGAAGAAGAUGGAAGUGACAUGGAACUUCUGGAGGCAGCAGAGUCCUUUGAACUGACCUCUGGUAGCCCCCAGGAUCUGGGAGACCUCUUGGAUGAAAGCACCUUCGCAGACAGUCCACCAAAGAGAGGGAGACUUGAAUUUUCUGAUAACUGGGAUAGCUUUACCUCUCCCUUUUGAAGGGGUCAAAGAAAGGAAAAAAACAGAAGGAAACAUGCAAAAAUCAUGGAACUCAUUGAAAUAAAGUAUUUUCUUUAAAAGCCUA